GAUUCAUAAUUUGUCCACUGGUCCAAAGCGAGUGUCCUCUUAUGGAAGUGCAGUAACACGAGACAAUGAGGCUCCGCAUAUUAUCUUAUGACUGGGAUUGUUCAGAGAGCGACAGGCCAGCGCGUUUCACCGGACCGCACGGAAAACACGACUAACAGCCACAGUGAAUGUCAGUAUGAGAUGUCGUCCCUCAGUGCUAGCUUCGUUCAGAUCCGCUUCGAUGACAUCCGCUUUUAUGAGAACUGCGGUGGUGGGAGUUUUGGGAGUGUGUAUCGGGCACACUGGAUCUCACAGGACAAAGAAGUGGCUGUCAAAAAACUGUUGAAAAUUGAUGAUGAGGCUGAGAUUCUGAGUGUCCUGAGCCACAAAAAUAUUAUUCAGUUCUACGGAGCCAUGCUGGAAACACCCAACUAUGGCAUUGUCACAGAAUAUGCCAGCAGAGGAUCAUUGUAUGAAUAUUUGUCCAGUGCUGACAGUGAGGAGAUGGAUAUGGGUCAAGUAAUGACCUGGGCGAUGGAAAUUGCUAAAGGAAUGCAUUAUUUACAUGCCGAGGCCCCUGUGAAAGUCAUUCAUAGGGACCUGAAGUCAAGAAAUGUCGUGUUAACAGCAGACAAUGUAUUAAAGAUCUGUGAUUUUGGAGCUUCUAAGUUGGUUUCUCACACAACACACAUGUCUCUUGUGGGGACAUUCCCUUGGAUGGCCCCUGAAGUGAUCCAGAGUCUACCCGUCUCAGAAACCUGUGACACCUACUCAUACGGCGUGGUUCUGUGGGAGAUGUUGACCAGAGAAGUGCCAUUUAAAGGUUUUGAGGGUUUGCAGGUGGCCUGGUUGGUGGUGGAAAAACAUGAGAGGCCGACCAUUCCCAGCAGCUGUCCCGCCAGCUUUGCAGACCUGAUGAGAUGUUGCUGGAUUGCAGAGCCCAAGGAAAGGCCACAGUUCAAACAGGUCCUGAGCACCCUAGAGACCAUGAAAAAUGACAGCAAACUGCCAGACCAGUGCAACUCCUUCUUACAUAACAAAGCGGAGUGGAGGUGUGAGAUAGAGGAGACGCUGGAACGCUUGAAGCAGCUGGAGAGAGAGUUGAGCUGUAAGGAGCAAGAGCUGGCGGAAAGAGAAAGAAGACUGACAGAGUGGGAAAACAGACUCAUGGAAAGAUCCCGAUCCUGCACUCCUCUGUUUUCACAUAUUUCCCCCUUGGCAGCCACUCUCAGUGCCGAGUCCUUCUAUGAGGCUCACAUGGAGGAGAGCAAUAGCUCGGAAGUCAGCUGUCAGAUUUCAUCAACCUGCAAUAACGGGGAUCUGGGCCAGGCCAGCCUACAGAAGCUCAUGCUAGGAUUCGGGGGCGUGUUUGACCUGGAUAUGAACAUUCCCAGCGGUAACCUCGUCAGCCAAUCAGGGAUGCAGUUGAACAUGCAAGCAAAAAAGAAUUCCUCCAAGUCCUGCAGUGUCCGUGAGGGACGCAAACUGAACAUGGCCAUCACCAUGGAUGACUUUGGCUGGUCUGACGACGACAGCGAUUAGUGGAGGGCGACACGGUACGAUAGGGUGGGGUUAGAUGGGGUCA